CUGAAUGCAACAAGCUGCAGAAUCGGACUCUGCGCAAUCUGACGCGAGGAGCGAGGAAACGACGGGUUUUUCAAUCCUCACUGAAGCAUCGGUCCGAAGUGACCUGGAGGAAGGAAAAUGUCAGUGGUUUAUAAAGACGACCAGGAGGACUGGCUGACAGUGUGUCUCAAGUACCUGCUCUUUGUUUUCAACUUUCUCUUCUGGGUGGGUGGAGCUGCCGUUUUGGGUGUCGGGGUCUGGACACUUGUGGAGAAGAGCGACUACCUGAGCCUGCUGGCCUCCAGCACGUUUGCCGUUUCUGCGUAUAUCCUCAUCCUGGCCGGCAGCCUGGUGGUGGUCACGGGCUUCUUGGGCUGUUGUGCUGUCGUCAGGGAACAGAGGAGCUGUCUGUCCACGUACUUCUUCUGCCUGCUGUUUAUCUUCCUGAUUGAACUGGUGGCUGGAGUACUGGCCUAUGUUUACUACCAGAGGCUGAGCGAGGAACUGAAGCAGCAUCUCAACCAGACGAUGUCGGAGAACUACGCCCAGCCAGGGAGGGAGGCCGUCACCUUAGCUGUGGACCGACUACAACAGGAUUUCAAGUGCUGUGGCAGCAACAACUCCCGAGACUGGAUGGUGAGCGCGUACAUUUCGUCGAGGCACGCAGAGAGAAGGGUUGUGCCCGACAGCUGCUGUAAGACCAUCACCCCUCUCUGUGGCCAGAGAGACCACCCGUCCAACAUCUACAAGGUGGAGGGAGGAUGCAUCACUAAGCUGGAGCAGUUUCUGGCCGACCACCUGUUGGUCAUCGGUGCAGUGGGAAUCGGAGUGGCCUGUCUGCAGAUCUGCGGGAUGGUGUUCACCUGCUGCUUGUACAGGAGGAUCAAGAUGGAGCCUUACUGAGCCCACCAGGCCUCCUCCUCCCCCCCACCCAACACACGGACAGAACUAUCACCCGCUGAAACCCAAACUCCAGCCUCUGUGUUCUGAACUCUGACCUUUUGCCAUCCAAGACAAAUGCACAGACAUGUUUCAGGUCCCAUCCAGAGCUUCGGUUCAUGUGUUGCACUUCAGUUGCAACGCACUCCAAUCCAGGCUUAUGCAUUUCUUAUCCGGGCUUCGUGCAGCGUCAUUGCCUUGGCUGAGCUGCAUGCUUUGGUAUGAGCAGGACUCAAGGCGGGGAAAUCUCCUCUCAACUUACUUUCCACUCCCCUAGUAGUGAUGGGGAUAGAUUUAUCGUGUUUUUUUUCACUGAUGUAAUGAGCUUUUCUGCAGAUGCCAGUGCUUCAGUAAGUGGAGUACUGUGUACAAGCCUGUCAAAGAUGGAAGGAAAGUUAUGGGUGUGACACAAUGUGCCUCGAUCACAACUUUAUGUAUUGACUCCGUACCUGAAAUAUUUAAAGCAAUGAAGUGAUAAACAGACGACGUAUAGUUCACUGUCUUUUAUAUUUGUAGUUAUGUCUAUAUAACUGAUAAUGGCAGUAAAUAUUAAACUGUAUCAUAGUUUAUAAAACUGAGCAAUUCAGGUAGUUAAAUGUAUGGAAGACAAUUCCACUAAAAUAUUUAGAAAAGUGAAAGUCAUCUUGGCUACUCUAUCCCUGAAGUAAUGACUCCACCUAGUGGUCGUCAAGAGUCAUAUACUCUUUAUAAUGUGUGCGACUAAAUAUUCCACUUACUUCUGAUGACAUAUUAUGAAAUAUACAGGGACAGUAAAGCAGAUAUUUAUAUUAAUGUGUGAUGCUAGAAAACUGUUGCAUUACAGAUCAUUUUAAGAUAUUUUUGCCACAGAAAGUAACUAUAUUUGUUUUCAUUGUCUAAUCACCACUUAUUACCUCGGGAAAAAACACAUUUAGCCUUGUUCACAAUGUAUUUUAGAGGUGGAGGUCACGUGGAAUGUAUAGAAUAGUAAUGUGUACCGUCAAGAUAUAGAUGUGUUGUGUUAAGAGAUCAAAAAGUAAAAUAUCAGUUUGAAUUUUUAUAUUAUCUUCCGUAUUUUCCUAUGAUUGGUGCUAAUGUAGAUCGUUGUUGAUGAUAUAACAGUGGCAUGUGCAACUACUCAAACUAUUGACAUGAACAUCAUAAAUAAAUGUUUUGAAUAUUUA